AGUUUCAGUCAAAAGUUCAGGUCUGCCGCGUUAAAAAAAUCAUGCGCGCUACGCACCGCCUCGCGAUACUAGCAAUUUGUUUGUAAUAGUACAAUAAAAAGUUUUAGUGUCAGUUAUAAAAGGAGUAUAAAGGUCGGAAAAAAUAAUUUUUCUUUGUAUCGCUAGGAGCAGGGGUCGUUGGCACGUCUUUUCGAGUUUUUUUUUGCAUAUUAAAGGAUUCUUAGUUGUUUUAAGUGGGUUUUGAUGUGAGAUUUUUUGAAGUAUCGUAAUUGGGCCACAAGUGGUGGUAUAUAAAUUUGUCUUUUUAUCUAUCGCAGUGAGUGCUAAAAUGGUGUCUUCUUACAAGAAGGAGAUGAGGUCGAGAUAACAUGAAGAUUUCCAGGGAAACAUUAACGUUUUCGUGACGAUAGCGCGAAGGCUAGCAGCACCUAGCCAGCCAGACGAGAUCACGACGAAGAAAAAGAAGAAGAAAAAGAUAAAGAAACGUAAAAGAGGUAGAAGCGGGCGAUGCGCGCCGGCGGCGGCGCACCGACCGGCGGCGGGGGUAACGAAGAGUACGCCGAGUUGGCGGACCUGGGCAGCGGGCAUUAUGGUAUUAGUGGGACUCAAUCUGCGGGAACUCGUUCUACGUACGCCCGCCACACGGCCGGAAGAAGUGGUGGGGGCAGGGCGCCGAUACCUGCCGAAGCGGAAGAUGUACUCGGUCCGACCAAUGGUAGUCCGAGAAGUUAUCCGAGGAGUCGAUCUGGGUUGUACUAUUCGCCACCGGGUACUUCAUAUACCAUCGUGGAACGUCCUAGUUCUGUGAUGCAUCACCAUCCUAGUAGAGAUUAUGCCUAUAAUUCUUUAAGCAGUCCCAGAGGUACCUAUUUGGGCUCAAACCCAAACUUUAGUACCACAUCAGGCCGCACUUCUUCUUCGAACAAUAAAAAACGUCCCAUUUCUCCUGAACAAGUUCUUCGUCUAUUCGGUACCAAUAAUCCAUCUUCCUCAACAGUUAAGACGGGAAUUGAAAGACCGAGAAGAUCACCUGCUAGUAGUCCUCCAUCUACAGCACAUCAAGUUAACAGAGAAGUGAACUAUGUGCCUAACAUACACGAACUGGCAACGAGAACUGUCACUAUGGUUAGGGAACCUCAAGAUGGCACACACGGAUUCGGGAUAUGCGUUAAAGGUGGAAAAGAGGCUGGUAUAGGAGUGUAUAUUUCACGAGUUGAAGAAGGAAGUGUUGCAGAAAGAGCAGGUCUGCGUCCGGGAGAUUCUAUUUUGGAAGUUAAUGGAACUCCCUUCACUGGAAUAUCACAUGAAGAAGCAUUAAAAAUGCUGAAAUCCUGUAGAAAAUUAAGCAUGACCGUUCGAUCUCCAAAUUUACCUACAGCAGGUUAUGGAGGAGGUGCUCCGUGGCAGAUGCGACAAACUUGUUCAUGGAUGGAUAGACAUGGACGACCCGUAUCUCCUCCUAUGGAAUACACCAGAUCAGGUCCAGUACCACCUCAGAGGUAUGGAUAUGGUAGACCUUCAAGCAAGGACAGGAGUAUAAGAAGGGUUGAACUCUGCAUAGAACCAGGUCAAAGCUUGGGGUUAAUGAUCAGAGGGGGUGUCGAGUAUAAUUUGGGAAUCUUCAUCACAGGCGUUGACAAGGAUUCCGUGGCGGACAGGGCAGGAUUAAUGGUCGGAGAUCAAAUUCUAGAAGUAAAUGGCCAGUCGUUUAUGGACGUAACACACGACGAAGCCGUAGCUCAACUCAAAUACCAUAAACGUAUGUCUUUAGUCGUGAGGGACGUAGGAAAAGUCCCACAUUCCUGCACUGCCUAUGAUAGAGACUGGGACUUAUGUAGUCCAGGAAGUAGAGCUGCGCAAACCACUCGGAAAUGGGCAGCUGCGCUUCAAAUGGUGGAGGAGAAAGCUCGAAUAAUUUUGAGUCGUCCUGAAUUUACUACCCUAUGUUAUUAUACAGACGAAUACGCAGCCAGACACAUGACCAUAGAUGCCUUCGUACAAGUGAUGACUGAACUUCUAAAUACCCCCGAUAAGUAUACACUAAUGACCGAAUUAAGAGAAAUAGUAGCUCUUGACGACCGUAUGAAGUUUGAUGAAUUAGUUUAUAGAAGAGAUUUCGACCCUUCGAGAAUUAGAGAUCCUAGGGAACACGAUUACAGACAUUCACGCAGAAAAGGAAUGCCAAUUCCGGAUUCAAAUAACGCCAUCUAUUCAGGUUAUGAGGACUACGUCAGUGGCGAGGAAGAUAAUCCUGCAGGAACAAGAAGCAGGAGACAUUCAAGUCCCGGGGAAUCGAGGACAGGAAGUACGACAGCGUUGCAUCAACAAGAUUACCCUGAUUCCGUAAGUUAUUUCACAAAUUCUGAAUAAUAUUUUUAGAUUGUUGUUACCUAUACUUCAUAGUUAUAUAUCUCGCAAUUCAUGAUUGGUAUUCAAUCCUUAAACAGACAAAAUAAUGCGAUAAUUUAAAGGUUUUCGACAAUCACACAAUUGAAUUCUUUGUCUAGUUCAAAUUAUAAGCCACUAAGAUGUGAAAAAAGGUCGUGUUGCCUUUAAAUUAAACUUAAACUGAUUAAAAACUUUGUGAAGACUGUAAUAGAGUGAGCGAAAGCAUUGAAGACAAGUAGUUUCCCAGUUAAGUAACUCCCAGUUGAAGGAAGUAGUCCGGUCAAAUUAGAGCAAAAAUUAAAAGUGAAGCUACAUAAAUUCCCAUCAAGCUGAACAUCAGAAAAAUUGUUUAAUGUACAAUUGAAAAUAAAAUUUGGAUGUGUCCAGCAUUUCCGUUAGCGUAUUAAUUUUAACUUUUAUUGUAAACGGGUAAAGUAUCAAAUAUGAUACAUUCCCAAAAUGCAUUUUCUAAAACAGAACAUCAGUUAUCACGAUUUUUCCUUUGCAUAUUUGCAUUCAAUACAGUAUUAUGAAGCUAAGACAAUUCACCACAUUCCAAAAAGCACUAAAUUGUUUGUACAAUAACAAAAAACAAUUUACAACAACUAGAUCCAAAGAUUUACCGCCAAUUUUUAAAAAAAAUUUUGAACAGGGUUAAAAUGUAUCCGUUUUAUCGAUGGGGUCUCAUUACGCAGUAUCGAAUUUUACCAAAAGUACCUUUUUGGUAUAAAAUUAAUGAUGUUUAAAUUCAUUUCAAAUUUUACUCAAUAAAUCUAAUAUUGAAAAAGUUAUGUACAAUACUUCUUGGUUCGAACCAUGUAACUAGCGCCCUCUAUGAGCGACAGACAUAAAAACAAAUUCAUUAGAUGUAUCAGCUUCCAAACCAUAUUCGUAUAAAAUUUCAAUACAAAACUGCAAAUAGUUGCGGCAAAAUCGUAAAAAAUGUGUGCCUAACAAAUCCCAAAUAUUUUUCAGUUUUCCAUCCAUCCUAGAGACGAGAUUACCUUUUUUUGAAACACCCUGUAUACACAUCCGACAAAAAUUUCUACUAUACGACAAGAAUAUAAUUUUCUGAUAACUAACUAUGAGUAAGUUGAGCUCGGAUGCGAAAUAUUCCAAUAAUUUUACCGAUUUCGAUCACAUGGAAUUACUAACUAGACAUUGGCUAGUUAUUGAUGUAUGAAUAAUCUCCGAACAUAAUAGGCUUUUGUUGAUAUGUACAUACAACUAUGUGCUGUAUAUAUAUAUAGUAAUAUUCGAUCGAUUUACAUAAAUGUUCAUAUUAUGUAUCAGAUACAACGUAUUUAAUAGUUGUUCCAUUAUAUACCGGGGUUGUCUAUUCAUGAUUGAAAUUAAAUCUUACUUACUUAGUUAGACCAGUCCAGUUUCAUGCAUAAACAAAAUAUUGCGUUACUGUAGCAAUGAACAAUAACUUAUUAGAAGUGUAAGUGUAAAGUUUGACGUCAAAAAAGUGAACCAGAGUUACGCGAAAAAUUAAAAGAAAAAAAAAUGUCCACAGAAAUUGUGAAAAUCGAAAAAUUUGGGGUAUCGAGCCAUCAUCAAGUACCUGUAUUUAAAAGGGUUAAGAGGUAAGCAGAUUUACGAAGAUAUGCUCAAUACCCUUCGUAUGCUACCGUGAACAAUUGGAGCAAGCUUCAAAAGAGGUAAAGAUGAUGACCGAUCGGAAUGGCCAGGUUUGAAUGUUGACCAAAAGUGUGCAGGGAUAGAAGCAUCGCGUUCGAUCUGUGAAUUUGAAAACGAUGUCGACUUCUUAAAUUGUUACUAUGGUUGAAACUUGAGUAUAUUUCUACGAUCCAGAAAUAAAGCAACAAUCGAUGGAUUGGCGACACUCUGGUUCUCCAAGAUCCAAGAAGUUUCGUGUCCAAAAAUCUGCUGGAAAAGAAGUUCUUGCUUCAGUUUUUUGGGAUUGCCAUGGAGUAAUCAUGAUCGAUUUUUUGGAUAAGGCUAGAACAAUAGCUGGAGAUUACUAUUCGACAUUACUGACCACUCUACAGGAAAAAAAUUUAAGAGAAAAGACGCGGAAAGCUAUCCAAAGGUGUUUUGUUUUUGCAGGACAACGCCCCUGCAAACAAAUCUCAUGUUGCCAUACAAAAAAUUCGUGAUUUAGGGUUUGAAUUACUAGAACAACCUCCUUAUUCACCAGAUUUGUCUCCGUCCGACUAUCGUCUCUUUUCCUCUUUUCUUCCAACGAAGAGGUAAUAAAAAUUGUGGAGGUCUGGUUUGCAGAGCAAGAAAAAACAUUUUUUUUAAAGGUCUAGAGACGUUGCAGCUUCGCUGUAAUAAAUGUAUCCAAUCAAGAGGAGAAUAUUUUGAGUAAUAAAAUAUUUUGACAUCGAAAUUUUGUUUGGUUCUAUAGUAGGCUAAGAAUUUUUCAAUAUGUAAAUAAUAUGGUUUUGGAAAGUACUUAUUUUUUAAAAAUAUUACGUUGUUUUUCGUGUUUUUUCACAAAUAAUAUAAAAAAGAAAUUUAUGAGAUUGAUAAUUGGUGAAAUGAUCAAAAACCUUGAGGAUGUUCGGUUGAAAAAUUUCCUUAUUCAACCUCAUUGAAUGUUCGAUUUUCCUAAUAUUGCUACUGAAUGAAAACACAAAGUUUCGAAGGAAUUUAUUUUAAAUUUGAUUCUACGGAAGGAUCACAGUUGAGUCAACAUUUUCUAUUCAAGUUGUUCUGUAAAGUUGAAGGAGAGAAAAAUAAUUAAAAAUAGGAGUGAGAAACAAACAGAUUGAGUUUUAUUAAUGCGAAAAAUAAGGGAAAGUGAAAAGUGAUGCAUCUCUUCAUUUAUUUAAAGGAAAAUAUCCUGGAAGAAGGGUUUACUCAAAGAAACAAUUCAUAUAAUCAUCAGCUAUCAUUCUAUUAGUAUUAGUCGUUAAUUUUUCAAAUGCAUAAAUUGAUAAAAGUUAUUAGAAGAGUCGCAUCUUCGAUUUAAUGUCUUGAAUACGAAAAAAUCCGCAAAUGCCACAUUUCUCUGAAGGCUAGUGAUAAUUAUGGCAAUCUCAAUCCUUUGAAAGGUUGCUACCUAUACCACUAAUCCCUCCUUCUUCUUCUUUUUCCCCACGAUUAACUUUAACUGGAAAACGUUUCUCAAGUCCCAAAAUCUGUAUGUUUCCACGUGUAGUAGACUAUAAAUAACACAGCUUUAUAAGUUUUUGAAUUAAUUUUAAUAACAACGAUAGUAAAAAGUACAAAUGUUGCUGGUACAAGUUUACUAAUACUUCUCUGGGUGUUUUAUGCUAAUGAAAUUUGUAUUGGCUCCUGCCGUACUGCGACAUACAGGAUCAAAAUGUAUCUGCAGUAAACACUUUAGUUGUAGUUUUUGUCUUUACUUGUAAUAUCGUAUAAAAAUUUUAGUUUAGACACAAUCAUUAUUAACCCUUUCAAUCCUAAUGGGUCAUUUUUGAUUCAGGCUGUGCCCUACUGGUACAUUCUAAUUACAAAAUGUCGAGGUAAGUUUAUUUAGGACUAAAAAACUCCUGCACAAAAUGUUUAGGGCACGUCUAGUUAAUAAAACAAUAUUUUUUUAUGAAAUUCGUUAUUUGGACAUAGAUACAUAUACAUAUAAGUAAAAUGCGUUUUUUGAACUUCAUAAUAAUUUUUUGUUCACUGAUAGUUUACCAAAAGAUGACAACACACCAAUUCUAAAUAUCCUUAUAAUAAAAUUGGAUCAAUAGAAAAUUGUAGACAACAUUUUUGUCCAAAAAUUUCAUAUCCCAGCCGAGAAACCUAGUACACUUCUGGCAAAUAGGUCACUGGGCAAUAUAAUGUUUAAACAAUCAAUUUUUAAAAAUAAACUUCAACUUCUAUCUUCCAAACAAUACUUUCCUCUAAAGUCCUUCAAAAGAGACGUGAAGUCAUGGCUAAGAUGUGAUUCAAAACUGGCUACACAUAUGACUUGGAUAAAUAUUCCGGAAAAGAUGCAGAUGCAGUACAACUCCAGGAGAAGAUGUCCUAUAGCAGGAACCAUUCGAGACACUGAUGUCAGCUUAUGCUUUGACAUAUUUGCAACAAGUGCAAAACUUAUUAAUGAAUUACUUUUUGUAGCAGUUGGUACAUCAAUAAUCAUCAGAAAAAAAUUUUCACUUUAUGAGCAAUGAGUUUGGUAUACAUGUAAUUUCUUGGACACUAAAGAUGUCGCAGUACAUUCUAACAGUCAGAGAUGAAAUGACUGAAGUGAAAAUAAAAGCCAAGUAGAUAUUCCUUGCCUCAAGAUGGUUGGGACAAGGAAUAUUUGCCUUUACGCUAUGUACGAAAAGACAACCAAGUGGUGGAAAAGUGUUUUUUUAUCUGCAGCUGAUGAUGUCUGCUAUUGGUUAACUCUUCGAUGAUAUUUAAGGAUGGACGGCGAGAAAAUAAUAGAAAAUCUUUUUUGUAUUGUUUUGUUUCUUUUCCUGAACAUCUGUGAUACGCCGACGAUAAUAUUGUAGGCUUAUGAAUAUAUGGGAUUUCUUAUCUAUCAAAGGGCUCAUUAGAAGAAAGUAUCAUCUCUCUAUGUAUAUAUAUAUGUCCAAUAUACCCAGUGGGAAAUGUCCCUGGUACCAAAAGACCCCCUUUUGGAAAAAAUUGAAUAAAUUAAUAUUUUAUCAUGUAAAAACUACACUUAAAUCAAAUAAACAAAUUGAUACUGAAAGAGUUGAAGCACAGCACAAUAAUGAAUCAAUUUCUUUGAGCCUUAUAUUGCAGAUUUUUUUAAGUACAAUUCGUUAUAGUAUAAAUUGAACCUUUUUACGUCAUUGUUUAGUAAAAAUUUAAUAUAAAUUAUUUAAUUCGACUAUAAGAACAAAUUUAGUUGCAUAUUCUUUUUACUUUAAAACAAAUACAACAAAAUAAAAAA